AUGGCGCCGUGUCCCUGCUCUCUCAGUUACUGAAAGUGGCCGCCUCUCUGCUGCUGCCGACUCUAUGCUCACGGUCUCUCUCCUUACUCACAACCGCCAUUUUGGAGACAGAGAGCUGAGAGUCGGCUGCAGCAGAGGCAAAGCAAAAACGGCGGACACGGGGGAUAAGUGAUUGCCCCUCUCGGGCCCUGUACCUAUGGCCUCUGAGCAGGAUGUCGUGGGAGAUGCUACAUGCUCAAAAUUGGCCAAACCACUUCACCUGCAGUACCUUGAGCGCUCCCUCCGUCUGGACACCUUUUUAAAACAGACCGCUGCUAUUUUUAAUCAGAACAUUUCCAGUGAUGACAGUGAUGAUGGUUUGGACGAGGAGUCUUCUCUGGCUCUGACAACCCCACUGCUGGCAGUGAAAGAAGAUCCUGAGGAUGAGACCAAGGAUUCCUGCAGAGAUGGAACCCUUAAUGGAGCUCUGUUGCAAGAGCACAAAGUCGACAAGGCCAGUCUAUAUAACUUCUCCAAGCUGAAGAAAAGCAGAAAAUGGCUGAAGGGCAUCUUGGUGAGCGAUGACACCACAGAUACGGAUACGGACUCAGAUGAUUCUGACUUCACAAUGACGCGGGAGGAACUGCAGGACAUGCUGCGCCUACACAAGUUCACCAAACUCCACCAGAGCAAGUUUCACUCGGACCGAGAGCUGCAGCAUUAUCAACACUACAGUACAGGCCUACUGUCCACCCACGAUCCAUUCUACGAGCAGCAGCGCCACCUACUGGGCCUCAAGAAAAAGAAAAUUAAGGAAGAGAAGAAAUGUAAAGCCAAGUUAAAAAAGAUGAAGAAGAAGAAGAAACGAGGAGAAGAGUUCUCCAUGGAGGGUCGGGCGCAUGUCGCUAAAAUCUUUGCCAAGUUUUCCCACGAUGCACCUCUUCCCAUGAUUAAAAAAAAGCACUUAACCAUUGAGCAGCUAAACGCUCGUAGACGAAAAGUCUGGCUCACAAUUGCCAAAAAAGAAAUCCCAAAGGCGUUUAAACAGAAAGUCUCUGCAAGGAACUUUGUUUUAACCAAUGUCAAGAAGCUGGCCCACCAGUGUAUGCGUGAGGUCCGUAGGGCUGCGAUCCAAGCACAGAAGAAUUGUAAAGAGACAUUGCCGCGAGCACGCCGCCUGACUAAAGAAAUGCUGUUGUACUGGAAGAAGUACGAGAAGGUGGAGAAGGAGCACCGCAAGCGUGCUGAGAAAGAAGCUCUCGAGCAACGCAAGCUGGAUGAGGAGAUGCGAGAGGCUAAGCGGCAGCAGAGGAAACUGAACUUCCUGAUUACUCAGACGGAGCUGUACGCUCACUUCAUGGGGGGCAAGCAGAAUGCGGCAGACAGCACGCAAGACGAAAUCCUACGCAAGCUUGAAGACAACAGUGGCCAGCGGCAGAUCGACAUUGGUGGAGGGGUUAUGGUCAACGUUGGUCCGGAGGACUACGACAGUGAAUACUACAAAUCGCAGGCCCUAAAAAACGCAGAAGAGGCGUACCAGAUCCACCAGGCCAGAACCAGAUUGUUUGAUGAGGAAGCAAAAGAUAGUCGUCAUGCCUCCCAGCAUGCGGCCAGAGCCUCCAGCUCAGGGUUUGGCGAGAGCUACAGCCUGUCAAACCCAUCUAUUCAAGCAGGUGAAGACAUUCCCCAGCCUACCAUCUUUAAUGGAAAACUCAAGGGUUAUCAGCUCAAAGGCAUGAAUUGGCUGGCCAAUCUUUAUGAACAGGGUAUUAAUGGUAUUUUGGCAGAUGAGAUGGGGUUGGGCAAGACGGUCCAGAGCAUUGCCCUUUUAGCUCACCUGGCAGAGAGGGAAAACAUCUGGGGACCAUUCUUGAUCAUCUCCCCAGCCUCAACACUCAACAACUGGCAUCAGGAGUUCUCCCGCUUUGUACCAAAAUUCAAGGUGCUACCUUAUUGGGGGAACCCUCAUGAUCGUAAAGUUAUUCGAAAAUUUUGGAGCCAGAAAACCCUUUAUACACAGAAUGCACCCUUUCAUGUGGUGAUCACCAGUUAUCAGCUGGUAGUGCAGGAUGUGAAGUAUUUCCAGAGAGUGAAAUGGCAGUAUAUGGUUCUGGACGAGGCCCAGGCAUUGAAAAGUAGCACCAGUGUCCGAUGGAAGAUUCUUCUUCAGUUUCAGUGUAGAAACCGCCUGCUGCUGACAGGGACGCCCAUCCAGAACACGAUGGCUGAGUUGUGGGCUCUACUUCACUUCAUCAUGCCGACUCUGUUUGACUCCCAUGAGGAGUUCAAUGAGUGGUUUUCCAAGGACAUCGAGAGCCACGCAGAGAACAAAUCAGCUAUUGAUGAAAACCAGCUUUCCAGAUUGCACAUGAUCCUGAAGCCUUUCAUGCUGCGGCGAAUCAAAAAGGACGUGGAGAACGAGCUCUCUGACAAGAUUGAAAUCCUGACCUACUGCCAGCUGACCAGCAGGCAAAGGCUGCUCUACCAAGCUCUCAAGAACAAGAUUUCUAUCGAGGACCUGCUGCAGUCCUCCAUGGGUUCGGCCCAGCAGGCUCACACCACCACCAGCAGUCUCAUGAACCUCGUCAUGCAGUUCAGGAAGGUUUGUAACCAUCCAGACUUGUUUGAGCGACAGGAGAUACGCUCUCCUUUUCACAUGUCUUUGAAGCCCUUCGUCAUGUCCAAGUUCAUGUUCCGACACGGCCUUCUCCGCACAUCUGACCACAGCAAGACCAAGCUGAAGCAGACUGUGCUUUCUCCGUUCUCUGCUCAGCACAUUCAACAGUCCUUGUUUGAUAGAAAAACCGAUAAAGAAGCCAGCAGCUUUUCCUUCUUGCGUUUCAUUGACGUUUCUCCUGCUGAGAUGUCCAACAUCAUGCUUCAGGGGACCGUAGUGAGGUGGUUAGCCCUAUAUCUGUCCUUUAAGUCAGCCUACAGGAUUCACCAUAGUCGCUUGUGGGAUGAAGAGGAGGAGGAGAACGAGGCCAAAGAGAGAGCUGGAUUAUGCAAACCAUGUCUUUCACGCAGAGAUCUUAUCCUGUGGAUAAACCGGCCAACAUCGUUCCCAAAUCUCCAUAGCAGUGUUGUUGUACAGGAUUUGUUGUUCACCUCCACACGGCCGUUGCUGCUCUGUCACACCGACGUGAAGAUCUACAGCAGACGCUCAUCCGCUCACACAUUCAGGCCUUGCCAACCCACUCAGCCACCCAAGUUUUUAUUCACCGUCACACCCAGGGUAACUUCAGUUCCCAUGGAACGAUACUGCGUGGACCGGAGUGCUGAGUAUGAAUGGAGAUUAAUACGUGACGGUGGAAAUCUCAUUGCCAAGCAGUGUUUCCUGUACGGCUCUCCCGAGCUGGCUUGUGCUUGGGCGCAACGCUCUCAGACCUUCCACCCACAGAGCCCAGGGGGCGUCGUGGCACUGCAACAGAGACACGGCUGGUCCUUCAUAAGGAUUCCAGAUAAAGAGUCUCUCAUAACAGACAGCGGGAAGCUUCAUACUCUGGACCUGCUCCUGACUCGAUUAAAGUCUCAUGGCCAUCGAGUUCUCAUCUACUCUCAAAUGACCCGCAUGAUAGACCUUUUAGAGGAGUACAUGGUGUACCGCAAACAUACCUACAUGCGACUGGACGGGUCAUCCAAAAUUUCAGAACGCCGGGACAUGGUGGCUGACUUCCAGAGCCGGACGGAUAUUUUUGUCUUCCUUUUGAGUACCAGAGCCGGAGGUCUGGGGAUAAACCUGACAGCUGCAGAUACGGUGAUCUUCUAUGACAGUGACUGGAACCCCACAGUUGACCAGCAGGCAAUGGAUAGAGCCCACAGGUUAGGACAAACCAAACAGGUCACAGUCUAUCGGCUCAUCUGCAAGGGCACUAUUGAGGAACGCAUCCUACAGAGGGCCAAAGAAAAGAGUGAGAUUCAGAGGAUGGUGAUAUCUGGAGGAAACUUUAAACCUGAUACUCUGAAGCCGAAAGAGGUUGUCAGCCUGCUGCUGGAUGAUGAGGAGCUGGAGAAAAAAUUGCGAUUACGGCAAGAGGAGAAACGUCAGCAGGAGGAAAGCAGUAAGGUGAAGGAGAGGAAGAGGAAGAGGGAGAAGUAUGCAGAAAGAAGGAAAAAGGAGGAUGAUCCCGACACUAAGAAGAAGAAGGACGGUAUGAAUGUGGUUAUUCCUUAUGUCCCAUCCGCAGACAACUCCAACCUGUCAGCAGAUGGAGAAGACUCAUUCAUCAGUGUAGACAUGGACUCAGCCAUGCCCAGCCCCUUCAGUGAGAUCUCCUUGAGCAGCGAGCUCCAGCCCAGCUCUAUUCCUGCAGAUGAGAGCAGCAGUGAUAUGCUGGUUAUCGUGGAUGAGCCCACAUCUUCUGCUCCACAGUCCCGUGCUACCAACUCCCCCGCCUCCAUUACUGGUUCUGUGUCCGAUACCAUGAAUGGUGUCUCCUCGCAAGAUGUGUCCAGUCCAGGCAAGGGAAGGUCUGGUCGGAGUCGGGGAAGACCGAAAGGCUCUGGAGGAACUGGAAAGUCUUCAGUAAGGAAGGGCAGGGGACGGAAGUCAAUAGCGGGUAGCGCCGCAGCCAUGGCAGGGGCGAUGGCAGGGGCAGCGGCCGCCUCUGCAGCCGCAUAUGCGGCGUAUGGCUACAGUGUUUCUAAAGGUAUUCCAGCGAGUGGCUCCAUACAACCUGCUCUCAUUCGUUCUUCAGCCACACCUGCCUUUGUUUCGGCUGGCACUUCUUCCCCGCAGGCUAAGGGAAGCGCUAUGACCACCAGCUCACAGACAUUAGCACACGGCAGUUCACAAAGCCAUCACAACCCUAUGAAGAAAGGUAAAGGACCCAGCAACCACAGUGGGCGGUAGCAGCCUGCGUUAAACUAGUAGUGUGGCCAGUACAUUUUUAGUCCCAGGGUAACAAUUCUCAUGCUUAUGAUUACACCACAAGCCCUGUCAUCACAGUGAAACCCAACCUGAUGCCCAUCCUGGUUUAGUAGCGUACCCUGAUUUGUAUCCAUUCCAACGAUGGCAAGGAAUAUGAAAGAUUAAACGCUUUUCCAAAAGCAAAGCCUUUGGGAUCCAUAACAAGAAUUUAAAUAUCUUAUUUAGGUUAUUAUUCCUUCAUGCAUAUAAAACAGAAAAUAACCAUUAUAAGGGUGACAGAAGUGUGUUAUAUUAUUAACAACUGUUCCUUUUUUGCUGAUGACCAGGGUUGAAUUAGAGAUAUAAAAAAAUCAUUUCUAGAAUUUGUCAUAAAAACGACAUGAGCGGAAAUUCAAAAAUGAGUAUAAAUUGGAUAAGGUUUCGAGGGUAUUGAUUGAGGACCCCCUGGAACAAAUUCUUUACCAUAUGACCAUAUAUGAACAGAUAAGACUGCUUUUGUAAGAUUGCUCUUAUUUUUGUAGAACAAAUUUGAUGUGUUAAGUGUGAAGAAUACCGAAUGGCCUUCUCUUUCUGUUUAUUUGCUGCAUAUUCAAAGAUUUUGGCUUAAAUGCUAAUAUAUAUUUUCUCUUGGAAAGAGUAAAAUAAAUCAAUGUGUUUUGUAGUAAAUACAAUGAAAAAAUUCCUGAAGUGGUGAAUGCUGCUGAAAAUUGUCACUACGCAGAGUCCUAUGUGACACAAAAUAUUUGGAUGUGAAAUGUAUCAUAGCUUAAGUUAAAACUUAGUAAUUUAUGAUGAUUUGUGCUAUAUUUGUGUGUAUAUUGUAAUGAAGCCGUUUUAUUUUUAAAUAACACAAUGAACCAUUCGUAAUUAUUUUGCAUCCGUGAUAUACAGUAUGGCUGUUGUUUUUGAGAGAGGCUUAAUUUGUCUUGAAAUGUGAUGAUAGAUGUUAUAUGUAUAUAAAUACUUAUAGGGUAUCUUCCCUCAGAGUUGUCCAUUUCAUCCGCUUGUCUAUUUUUAUAAGUUUGUGUAAAUACGUAAUGACAAAUCCGCACUGGCCCUUUUAAAUACUAAUAAAAACUGACUCGAUUUCA